AUGACAACUCCUUUAAAGCUUCCUGUGAAUGAUGAGGAUUGUCUCGAGCUUGAGAAAAUAGGGGACCAUGUGUGUGAUGGAAGCAUCCCCAAGCCAGUUUUGAGCAGUCCAUCUAAAAAGAUGAUGGGCAGCAGUUCAGUCAGUGGGGUACGCAGACUGAGCACCAUCUCAGAGCAAGAACCAGACAAACUGGACACUGAUCCCAGUUCCCAUGAUGCCCGGCGUGGCAGUGAGUGGGGUGGAUCCAGCUUCUCUUUGUGUUCUGACAAGUUUAUAAACAGCAGCAGUCAUUUUUCCUCUGAUGAUUCAUACCAGCCUGACACUGGAGAUGACUGUGCAGCACUUGUUCUCGCCUGUCUGCACUGCCGUUUCCAUGAGUUAAUGGUCCUUCUACCGGAUACAUGUGAGAGGGCUGUGAGACGCUGUUUUCCCUCGUACAAAUACAUCAAGACCUCCAGUGAGAGAGAACAGCAGGGAAAGGAUUGCUGCAAUUACAAGCUGGAACUGGACUGUAACUGCUGCGGCUCCUGUCAAGACGCGGGAGAACUCAUAGAGCUUGCAAUGGAGAUAUCGGAAGUGUGCUAUCGCUGA